UAGUCACUGACUAGUGGGUUCGAUUGACCCAGGGGCCCAGAGGUCGGUGCCAGUGUCCGUGGAAUAAGGCGCCGUUCUCUCAACACCGCGUGGCGCGUCGAGUACACUCUCUCAUUUGCCACUCUCGGUGACGCAGCCCCUCCUCGUUCUCCUUCCAAAGACCACGUCACAAAAAGAAACCGAAACAACGACACGAAGGUUUUGAAAUUUGCGGAGGAGAAUUCAGAAUUUUUUUAGAGAAUUUAGAUUUCUACCAGGGCUGUACCACCUACCAUGAGAGGAAUAGAAUUCGUUGUGAGCGUCGCUGUGGCGGUAGCUGAGCUCUUGCUGUCGGUGGCAGCGGCGGAGGACGGCGGAAGCCUCCGGCGCCGGUCGCUCCACCAGCCGUUCUUCCCCGUCGAGUCGCCCCCACCGCCGCCGGCGAACGAUGAUAGCUCUCUCGUGCCACCGCCCGAUGCCGCGGCGGCGGCGGCCACGGGCGGCGGGCGGUCAGAGACCAGCGUCACCAACGCCGUCGCCAUCGCGCUCGCCGCAGGCCUCGUCGCCCUCGCGGUGGCGUCCUACUCGUGCUUCCUCCUGUGGCGCCGCCGCUCCGAUGGAGGCGGGGUCGACGAGGGGCGCGGCGCGAAGUCGGUGCGCGCCGCUGCCGCGAGAGUUGCUAGCGACGUCGGGAGCAGCGCCCGGCACCAUAGGUCGCUGUCGCCGAGCUCGACGGCGUCCGACGCGAUAUACCUCGACCCGCUCACAACGUUGGUGGAGGUGAACCGGCACCGGCAGCAGAGCCCGGACCUCCGGCCGCUCGCGCUCGUUAAGCAGCCGAGCCCUGACCUCCGGCCGUUGCCACCGCUAAAGCGGCCGGCCCCGCAACCGCCGCCCCCGCCGGCGUCCACGCCGCCGAUGACCACCACGGGGGAUUCAUCCGACGAGGACCAGGCGACGUACUACACCGCGCCGAAGACCGCCAAGUCCUCGUUCAGCCGGAGCACGAGCCAGCGCAGCACCCUGGAGCAAACAGUGCCUCAACCGCCCGCGCUUGCUUCCGCGCCCACGCCCACACCUCCGCCGCCGCCACAAGCGAAUCCUCUGCGGCCUGCUCGCCCGCCUCCACCCCCGCCGCAGCCGAGGCAGAGGCUGCUGCGGCCGAUGCCCGCGGAGUCCGCGCCCCCCGCUGCCCUUGCCAAUUUGGCGCUAACCAAUUCCCCUGAGCCCGUUCAAGACAGGGGAAGCGAGAUCCCCGACGGCCACGGCGGGAGCGCGCCGCCGCCCAAGCCGCCGAGCCUGAAACCGCUACACUGGGACAAGCUCCGCGCCAUCUCCGGCCGCACCACCGUCUGGGACCAGGUCCAUAACUCCGACUCGUUCCGCGUGGACGAGGAGGCAAUGGAGAGCUUGUUCCUGAACAAAACCGGCGGCGCGGGCACGGGGAGUUCCGAUCAGUUGGCGAAGAGGGGAGGCGCCGGGAAGCAGGAGAGCCGGCUGCUGGACCCGAAGCGGCUGCAGAACGUCGCGAUCAUGCUCAAGUCGCUCAAUGUGAUAUCGGACGAUGUGAUUGGAGCACUCAUGCACGGAAACGGAGAUUUGGGGUCUGAGUUCUACGAAACACUAGCUAAGAUGGCUCCGACCAAAGAAGAAGAAUUGAAGCUAAACGAUUAUAGUGGUGAUAUAUCAAGAAUUGAUCCAGCAGAGCGCUUUCUGAAAGACAUACUUGAUGUUCCUUUUGCCUUCAAGAGAGUAGACGCACUGCUGUACAAAGCAAACUUUGAUAAUGAAGUGAAUUAUCUAAGGAAAUCUUUUGGAACGCUGGAGGCAGCCUGUGCAGAUUUAAGAAGCAGCAAGCUAUUCUUGAAGUUGCUAGAUGCAGUUCUUAAGACUGGAAACCGCAUGAACGAUGGAACUAAUCGAGGCGAAGCAAGGGCCUUCAAGCUUGACACUCUUCUAAAGCUUGCAGACAUCAAGUCCACAGACGGAAAAACAACAGUGCUCCAUUUCGUGGUACAAGAGAUCAUCCGAUCAGAAGGCUUUGGUUCCGAUGAAACAACAGUAAAUCCUGGCAGAACUAGUAAGGAACAGUUUAAGAAGGAUGGCCUGAAAGUACUUGCAGGGCUCAGCAGCGAGAUCUCAAACGUGAAGAGGGCAGCCACAUUGGAGAUGGACACCUUGAUCGGCAACGUCUCGAGGCUCGAAACUGACCUCGAGAAGGUUAAGCUAGUCUUGCCACUCAAGGAGGCAUGUCCCGAUCAAGGCUCAAGCGAGAAGUUUUUCAAGGAAAUGGAUGCAUUCCUAGAAAGAGCUCAGGUGGAGAUUGUGAGCGUGAAAACAGCAGGGGAGGGCGCGCUGCGACGCGUGAAGGAGACAACGGAGUACUUCCAUGGCGACGCCACCAAGGAGGAGCCUCACCACCUGAGGAUAUUCAUGGUGGUGAGCGAAUUCCUCUCGACACUGGACCGCGUGUGCCGGGACGUCGGCAGAACGCCGGAGAGGGUGAUGAUGGGGUCCGGCAAAUUGUUCCGCGUCACAGCGGGCACCUCCCUGCCGCCGCGCCGGUAUGAGACGCGACGGGAGCUUAGCUCCUCCGAUGAGGACAGCUCGUCGUCUUAGAGUAACUAGGAACCUCUCUUUUUGAUGCAUAGGGUAGUUGUUCAGAUUUGAGGGCAGUGAUUCUUGCAAUGUUGAGCAUGUGUAGUCAAAUGUCAGAACUUAGAAGAGGAAGUCACUGUGUAAUACAGUAAUAGAUGCUUACAAAGGUUAAAAGAUAUAUAGCUGUACAAAGACAAGGUUUCUUGACUCUGUAUUAUGAUAUAUUCAUUCUCUUACUUUUGUAA